UGUUCACCCCGCAGCUUCCCAUGGAAGCUUUAUUUUAGUUUGCGUCUCCGUUUCAAAUUUACUUUGAAGAAAGAAAAGCCCGAGCACUGGACCUCUAGUUGAGGAUGUAUUUGGCUGCGUUUCUUUCCGUUUUCUUCCUCGGUUCGCUACCAGCGUCGUUCUCCUUCGUGGCGCCGCCCAUCAACGUGACCCUGCACUGCCACAAUCUGCACAACGUCCUGACGUGGAGCUACACACACUUUCCCCCAGGGCUGAGAUUCAGAGUCGAUAUUCGCCGAACACAAGCAGAGGAUGGGUAUCCUGAUGAGAUUUGGGUGAACUCAUCAGCUCAACUGCAAGCAGACGUGUCAUUUCUCAGUGACCCGCAAAAUGCAUACUACCUGGAGGUGACGGCCGUGAUUGGACGGAAUGAGUCCGCCCCUGAAGAAGGACUUUCUUUCAGCUAUUUCAAGGACUCUCCAGCCAAUCACAUAUGUAAUUUGGACUUCCCAUCCGUGAACGUCACGACCCAACACGAUGGCGCGGUCCGAGUCCGCUUCACACACCCCUCGCUGGUGUACUUCCAGAAGUUGCCAAGCAGCCCAAGUAGAAGAACGAGGAAGAAGAAAAGCCACGAGCUUCCUGGGUUUCGUUACGACGUCGUGCUCAUCCACCAGGUCAUCCACCAGGAGCGACAACACGGCUUCCACUGUGAGACGAGUGUGUGCGAGGAGACCAUUUCAGUGGAUGCUGCGCAGAAGAAUCCGUGUCUGAAGAUGAGUGGCGAGCUGGAGAAGAUCUCGGUUCAAGCCACGCAAGAGUACUGCGUCCGGCGCCGGGAGGACACGCCGAGCUAUCUCAUCCCCCUCUUCGUCGUCUGCGGCCUGUCAGCCCUGAGUGCCCUUGGUUUUGUCCUCUACAUGGUGUACCGGAAACACACCGCACCCAAUACUCCUUCACCAAAGUCUCUGGAGUUCCCGAAUCCCCCGACGCGGUUGAUCUCGGAAGAGUUUCCGGAGACGUUCUUUGUGCCAGAAGUGGAGCCGAGCUCCCCCACACCUCUACCGUCGGCGGAGGAGAGGGAGUCGACACCGUUUGUUCAUCGCGCUACCGAGCCCGAGCUCCGUCUGCCCAUCGGGGUGUCGGGUGUGGAUGAAGGUCCGUGUGACGACGAGGAGGAGGAGGAGGGAGCGAUGAAUGAAGAGAAUGAAGAACCUGAAGAACCUGAAGAACCUGAGUACAUGUCUGGCAACCACCUGGAAGAAGAGGAGAGCGCCUCCGGUUAUGAGAAACGCCCGAUGCUGGUUGCCUUGGCGCCAGACGAGCUGACUGUGGGCUACCGGGGCUGAGGGCGGGGCCUCUGAACGUUGAAUGGUCCUCAUUGGCUCAAAUGAGACUGAACUUGCGGUCUUGGUUACAGAUUUCCGGCGGUUUGGUUUGCGUGCUCCGGUCAAACCGGCCCGAUGCCCAGAGAAAGCGGAAGAAGAGACGUCCUCCUCGCUCGUGCACCUUGACAUUAGUUCUAUUUCCAUUGUUAUGCCAAAGCGGCGCCACGAGCGGCCUGAGUGACCGGUAUGUGACGGAGUCCUGCCCAGCGAUGGCAAUUAGUUGCAUUAGUCGGAUAUCCGUAAAGUUGUGAGAUGGAAUCGAUGAAAUAAUUGCCAACUCGUAUCCGUCACCAGGAUGCGAGCAGCACACUAACGGCUACUUAUGCAUCCAUUAUGUUUUAAAACUAUAUUGAUGUGUUUGCAUUUCAUCCUUCUUUGCAGCCUGAGGUUUAAUCCUGCUUCAUGCCAACGGGAUUCAUGACACUCGGCGUCACGCUCACUUCCAGUUACGACGACGGGACGUUUUAAACUGUUGCCAAAACCAAGAACCACUUAUCUUCACACACUAUCAUCAUCAUCAUCAUCAUCCCACGCAGCGACUCAAAGGGACUUCACUGUGAGCCGCCGAUAUGUGACUAAUACUCCCCGUGGAUUACAUUUACAGACCGUAGUCCAGAACGCCUACGAAUACUGAGAAUUAACUUUGAACUUAUUUGCACUAUUUUGUGUUUUUUAACCUAAACCGAGUCCUUUUGAUAGUCAUUAGGCUCGCGGCACCUUUUUUAAAGGGAAGUUAGCGCAUCUUUAACUUCUAUAAUGUUACUUUUUUUCGAAGUGAAAUUAAAUAUGUGUGCUGCUGUAGUUUAUAUUCUUCACCGCUUAAAGCCGGUGGUGUCGCUCUGCCAGCUGCUGCGACCCAAAGGGCAGCAGUGGAGUGGUCUAAUAGGAGGGUCAUGUCCACUUCUUCAGAUGAAUGGAAGGAGAAACCCCGCAGUUGAAAAUGAGAGGUGAAAAAAGACUUAAUUUAAUGUUCCACUCGGCCUUUAAGUCCAAUUAUGCAGUUUUAAGAACUGCAAAUAAUGUUUAAACGUCUUGUGCAUUUUAUGUAUAUAAAUAUAUAUAUAUAUAUAUAUACACAUAUAUAUAUAGAAGUGUGUGUAUGUAUGUGUAUAUAUAUAUAUAUGUGUAUGCUUUAGUGACUUUUUGAGUUAUUGUUGUUUUGUAUGCAACUAUGUUCUUUGUGUUGGGAGACUUAAAACAAACGGAUGUUAAAAAGUGAAAGAGUUCAUACUCGGUGCUGAAUAUAUACGAGUACAGAACUCGCGACACAUUUUAACUGAAAAGAUGAAUUGGUGCUUUUAUUUGUACAUCUUUCAGUCCACCAAUUUAGAAUCGGAAAGAACUGAUUUAUUAUCAUGACUGUUUGAAUCUGUUAUUUGGAUAAAAAGACAGUUUAUUGAACACAAGCACUUGAUUCUCUCAUGAUGCAUCUCCCUUUCUCCCUCGAUCUGCGUAAUGUUAUCUCUUCUGUACGCAAACUGCUGUUUUUAUAUCUUAUCGUCUGUUGUUGGUUAAGCAUUAGAUAUUUUCAAUAAAAAAAAUCUGAUAACGGUA